ACGAGCCUAUUGUUGUGAACUACCUACCACGGCCAGCUUAGUUGGAUAUUGACGGAUGGGUUGAGAUCAACCACAUCCGAAUUUCAUUCCCGGAAGGCGCAUUCCUGCCUAGUGAUUAGCUCUUUGUACACACCACUCAGCUGCCUUCUGUCGUUUGUAAUUAUCUUGCUGGAUACCAGCUAGUGCGCAAUCAUGCACCGAAACAUGUCGACUCGACGGAGGAACUCCGUGCCCUCGCGUACCCGAUUCAGCUUCUCCACGCUGCGCGGCUUCCAGCAGCCCGAACUGAGCAAGAAGCUGAACCAGGUCAUCAAGGCCGAGAACGCCGCCAUCGGGGCCCAUGAGAAGGCCGGCCGCGAGCGCGUGUCCAUCGCUUCUCAGCUGUCCGAAUGGGGCGAGUGGACGGAGGACGAUGCCGUCGCGGACAUCUCGGACAAGGUCGGCGUGCUCAUGGCCGAGAUAGGCGAGCAGGAGGAUACGUUUGCGGGAUAUCUGGAGGAAUACCGCGUCGUGCUGAAGCAGAUCCGCGACACGGAGAACUCGGUCCAGCCCUCGCGGGAUCACCGCGCGAAGAUCGCGGAUGAGAUCCAGAAGCUGAAGUGGAAGGAGCCGCAUAGCCAUAAGAUCGAUAUUUUGGAGCAGGAGCUCGUCCGCGCGGAGGCGCAGAGUCUGGUUGCUGAGGCUCAGUUGACCAAUGUGACUAGGUCGAAAUUCAAGGAAGCAAUGGAUAUUCACACCGCGGCGGUCAUCGAACGAAGCGAGAAACAGAUCCUGCUUGCGCGCCAUGCUCGUCGUUUGCUCAAUUAUCUAGAUGAUACUCCUGUCGUCCCUGGCGACGCUCCUCACGAGUAUGAUCGCGGCUCGGUCACGAAACAAGUCCUCGAGGAUGCCGAAAACGACCUCCGUUCUUGGGAGAGCACCACCGUGCCCAUCCACACCGCAGCAGGAGACAUGCCAGACAGCACGCUUUUGCCCACUGCCGCUCGCAGAGCCGGUGCCCGGGGAUCAUACGCGGUUGAGACCACCGCCUCGGACUCCGUGCGCGACGUCAACGGUUCAGCUGAACCUUCAUAUCUCAACGGAGCCGGUCGAGAGUCACAUGCUGAUGGCACUACAGAGCCGUAUGUGAACGGCGGCACUGCAGAGCCAUACGUGAAUGGCGGUACCGCGGAGCAUUAUACCAAUGGAACUACCCAGGAUGAGUAUGCAACCGCUACCCCAGAUAUAUACACUGGUCGUUCCCAACAGCCAGUUGCCGCCCAAGGAGCUGGUGUGACGGAGUCCAGCAGAGUUCCAGCACAGAGCCAGGGUCUCAGCCCGACUGCCCGAGAGCAGACUGCCAACGGUUCUGCCGUUGACGAAGGGUUCGACAAGACGGAGGACGAGGUGCCCCGAGCACCAGAUCCGCGAAACUCAUUUACCGCACGAGGCCCGGAGGCGCCGCAGAUCUCCAGUCCCGUCCCGGUACGGGCGCAGCCUGUCGCCGUGCCUAUCUAGGCCAAGGGACGAGCUGUUUUUUUUUUUAUAUUGU